GCGGGUUUGUCUGGGCGUGAUUUUGAAGGCGGUUCCGCUGUCUGUAGUCGGUGGAGGUCGGUAUUGCGGGCGGUGGACUGUGAGGCCGGGUGUCAGGGCGCUCCAGGGGCCGGGUCACGAGAGUGGAGAGCCGCGGUGUUCAGAUGGGUUUACAGUGCGCCUAGAUAACGGAGGAGCCUCUCUUCAUACCGAUCACCUCUUCUUACCAAUACGGUGGUUCUCUGGAUUUGGAAAACGGAAAGAUUUGAUGUGGGGAAGUGCCAAUAAAAUUAGAAGAUGACAACAGAAGAGGUGGUUGUGGUCGCCAAGUUUGACUAUGUGGCCCAGCAAGAUCAGGAACUGGACAUCAAAAAGAAUGAGCGCCUCCUCCUUUUGGACGACUCAAAAUCUUGGUGGCGUGUCCGCAACUCCAUGAACAAAACAGGCUUCGUACCUUCCAAUUAUGUCGAGAGAAAAAACAGUGCUCGAAAGGCCUCGAUAGUAAAAAAUUUAAAGGACACAUUGGGUAUUGGAAAAGUAAAACGAAAACCCAACAUGCCAGAUUCCUCUUCCACAGCAGAUGAAAGCUUCUCGGACACAGAGCGAUUGUAUGACCUCAACAUGCCAGCUUACGUAAAGUUCACAUACGCCGCAGAGAGGGAUGAUGAAUUGUCCUUGGUGAAAGGCACUAAGGUGAUUGUAAUGGAGAAGUGCAGUGAUGGAUGGUGGCGUGGAAGUUACAAUGGACGCGUAGGAUGGUUUCCGUCAAACUACGUAACUGAAGAGAGCGAUAGCCCUUCUGGUGACCAAGUGGGCACAUUGUCUGAAAAAUUAGCAGCAGUGGUCAACAAUCUCAAUAACGGUCGCUCACUACAUGUCGUUCAAGCCCUGUAUCCAUUUAGCUCGUCGAAUGAGGAAGAGCUUAAUUUUGAGAAGGGUGAAAUGAUGGAUGUUAUUGAGAAGCCAGAAAAUGAUCCAGAGUGGUGGAAAUGCCGGAAGAGCAAUGGUCUUGUAGGACUGGUGCCAAAGAACUACGUUACUAUUAUGCAGACCAGUUCGGGUUAUGAGCCUUUACCACCACGAUGUGAUUACAUUGGACCCUCUGUGACUGGACGUUUUGCUGGCAACCAGUGGUAUUAUGGAAAAGUGACGCGGCACCAAGCAGAAAUGGCACUCAACGAGAGAGGGAAUGAGGGCGACUUUCUAAUUCGAGACAGUGAGUCAUCGCCAAAUGAUUUCUCGGUGUCCCUGAAAGCCCAAGGCAAGAACAAACAUUUCAAAGUUCAGAUGAAAGACAAUGUGUACUGCAUUGGCCAGCGCAAGUUUAACACCAUGGAGGAGUUGGUAGAACAUUACAAAAAGGCCCCUAUUUUUACCAGCGAGCAAGGCGAGAAACUCUAUCUAAUCAAGCCUUUGUCAUGAGACUGCUACGUGGAGAGUGGGAAAUUGGACUCCAGCUAAGGUGAAGUCACCGAAAGACGGCAGCCACGGAAAGUGAGACCCCUGGAAUAGAACCAAAGGCAUCUCCUAGCCCCCAAUGACAAUGACAUUUGUCACGUUAUGUAUGAAUUGGAAGAUACACUGUAAUUUUUUAUUUUUUUCUGUCCAGUGUCUAAACUCCUUGCCACGAGCAUUCCCUGUCUUUUUAUAUUCUGCCUUACUAUUGUAACGUAUCUGAGAUGUAGAAUUACAUAACCUUCUCCGCACUGGGAGGUUCCAAGCAAUGUGAUUGUGGUUUGUCCCCUACAAGGAUCAUACCCGACAUGAGUCCACAUAUCGCAUUUACAUGCUGCUUUUUGUUUUUCUAUGAUUUGCGCUUUGGACACGAUCAUCGGCAUGGAUCCAAUGCUGUUUUCACUGUGGAUAUACUCUCGUCUUUUGUUUCACCCGCUUUGUAUCUGACUGGCACCAUGUCUGAGCAGUGCGUCUUCAUUUGUACUUCUUAUCGAAGACAUUUCAUAUUUAUUUGUCUGAGGAUUAUAUAUUUGAUGGACCCACCACAUGGCUUUCAUAUCUUUCUGCUCGUCACCCAGCAGGUAUUGUGUAAUUCACAAUGCCAUCUCAAUCAUUUACUUUGUUUUCUAGCUUUCAUUGCAGAGUUCAUAUAUUCUAUCAUUUUAUUUUAUUUUUUCUUGUAUUUUAUUUUUGUUUUUUUUACCCAUCUAAAUGGCUUUCAAACUUACAGGCGUUGUCUCGCCUAGAACAUCGGUGGCAUAUCACUAGAAUAUGCCACUAAUGUCAGAUAGUUGCAGGUCCCCCUCCCACUGGGAACCACACCUAUCUCUAGAAUAAAGCUCCCAAAGAGAACGAGAGCACAUUGCACAUGCCCUUCAUUCAUUUCUAUGAGAGUGCCGAAAUUAGUUGAGCGCUGGCUCGGCAGUUCCAUAGAAAUGAAUAGAGCAUUGGCUGCGCUUGCACGGUGCGCACUCCAUUCAUUUCUAUGCGAGUUGCGAAAAUAGCUGACCACGCCACUCAGCUAUUUCCGGCGCUCCCAUAGAAUUGAAUGAAGGGCACAUGGGACCCUCACCUAUCUAACGUUGGUGACAUAGCCUAGUGAUUUGCCACCAACGUUCUAGAUGAGACAACCCCUUUAAAACCUCCUGAGAAGUCUGUUUUACUAACUACUUGUAUUCCCAGCGUAACCAUUUUGGAGCAUCUAUUAUGGCUCUAUGUUGUGCCAUUCCUCUAUUAUUUCUACUAGACAUUAUGACUUAAAGGGAGUCUGUCACCUCCAU